AUGGAAGAUCAAGAAGAUGACCCAGGAGCAGGAAAUGUGCGCGUCCUCUGCAGAUUUAGACCGCUUAAUGAAAAAGAGAAACAGAUGUCAGACAAUAUGAAUAUAGAGUUCCCUUCAGACAAUAAGACUGUUGUAGUGAAUCAGCAUAUGGAAUCUGGAGAACCAUUAAAAUUUAACUUUGAUUAUGUUUUCAGUCCCAGGGCUGCUCAAGUAACUGUAUAUGAAAUUGCAGCCAGGCCUAUUGUAGAGGCAGUCAUGCAAGGCUUCAAUGGCACGGUUUUCGCUUACGGGCAGACAUCUUCAGGGAAAACAUUCACAAUGACUGGCCCAGAUUUAGAGGAUCCCACUAUGAUGGGGAUCAUUCCUCGCAUGGUGUCAACAGUGUUUUAUCAAAUUGAAAAUGCUGAUGAACACAUUGAAUUCCAAGUGAAAGUCAGCUACUGCGAAAUUUAUUUAGAAAAAAUAAAGGACUUAUUAGAUCCUACAAAAAAUAAUUUAAAGGUGCAUGAAGACAGAGCUAGAGGAGUUUAUAUUGCAGACUUGACUGAAAAGUCAGUUUAUAAUCAAGACGAUGUGUAUGAACUGAUGAAAAUUGGGACAGCGAACAGAGAAGUAGGGGCAACUAAUAUGAAUGCAGGGAGCUCAAGAUCUCAUGCGAUCUUUAUAUUGACUGUUACACAGACAAACUCACAAGAUUUCUCCACAAAAGUUGGGAAGCUGUAUCUGGUAGAUUUGGCUGGAAGUGAAAAAGUAGGAAAAACGGGGGCAGCUGGCAAGAGGCUAGAAGAGGCUAAAAAUAUCAAUAAAUCUCUCACAAUGUUGGGGCUGGUCAUUACAUCACUAACAGAUGGGAAAUCAACACAUAUUCCCUACAGAGAUUCUAAGCUCACAAGGGUGUUACAAGACUCUUUAGGAGGAAACUCCAAAACAGCACUUAUUGUGACCUGCUCACCUUCUCCAUACAAUGAAGCAGAAACCAUAAGCACCCUUAGGUUCGGGAUCAGAGCAAAAUCAAUUAAAAACAAGCCAAAAAUUAACAGAGAGUAUACAGUAGCAGAGCUGAAAUUAAUGCUAGCUAAAGCAAAAGAAGAAAUCAUUAAGAGGGAAAGAACAAUAAGGAUGCUUGAAAAAGCACUGGAAAAAAAUAAUAUUCCUCUGCCAAAUAUCAAUCUUUCACUGGAAGAAGAAAAAUCAUCAGAUGAAGAGGUAGAAGAAGAAAAAGCGACUAAUGCUGAAUAUCUUGAAGUUAUUGCUGAACUAGAGGAUACAAGGACUAAAUUGUCUGAAGAAAUCGCAAUCAAAGCGAAAAUGAAGCAGGACAACGAUAAAUUUAUUGAUGAGAUUGAAGAGGCAAGGAUAGAAUAUGAAAACUUAUUGAAGAUGUACAAUGAAUUAGGUGCAAGAAUCGAAGAAAUGGAAGAAUCAAUAAAAGAAAAAGAUGAUUUAAUUGAAAAACUAGUUGUCACUAAGGAGUCGUUGGAAUCCAUCGUAGACGGUUUUAACAACCAUCAGCUUGAGCUCGAACAAGCCCUAACCAGUAAGGAUGUCGAAAUAAACCAGCUAAAAAUUGACCUAAAAAUGAGUAAGCCGACAAUCUCAAACGAUCAGCUUACAGCACUACAAUCUCGUCUCCAGGAAACUCAAGAAGAAAACCAUCGUCUAGAACAAGAAAUUGAGGCCUUACAAAAGCGAGCCUAUAGCGCCUUGCCGAAGCAAGCCCAAAACAUUGAGCAGUUUAAAGAAGAAGCUCUUAAAAAGGAAAGAGACAAAUGAAACGAUGAAAAAAGAAAACUUAUCAGAGAACUCCAAAUCAGAGUAGAAACCAUCGCUAAGCUGGAAGACGAACUUGAUGACGCAAAACAUAACUAUAAAGCUCUAGAAAGCACACUAUCAGAAGGAGAAAGGACGUUAAAGAAAAAGAGCGACAUAUUGGAGAGGAAUUUGGAGCAGCUGACUUUAAUGUACCAUCAAUUGGUAUCAGAAAAAUCUAAAUGGACUGUGGAGAAAAAAGUCAGUGAUAGGAAAAAUCAAAGGCUGACAGAAAAAGCAAAGGCACUUGAGGACCAGAUAAAAAGCGAAAGGCAAAGAUUUGAGCAGCUUGAUUUUCAAUUGAAAAACGUGAGUGAAGAACUCGAAGAAAGAAAAUCAGUUAGACCUACAAUUGGAAAUGGCCCAGCUAGAAAUAUCAGAAAAACAAUCAGAGGAGGUGGAGCCAAAGGAGCAGACGGCAGCAGUACUCCUGGCCAUAAUCGUUACUUCUCAAUGGUGAAUGAAAAUCCAUUUGAACGAAAUAAUUAA